AUGCAGGUGAAGUGGGUAGGAGGACGCGGGGAGGUGAGCAGGAAUGUGAGGGUGGGGGCGGACGUGGGGAAGGUGGUGGGCAGGUGUGGGUGGGACGCGGGGGAGGUGGCCAAGAGUGGAUGGGGUCGGAAUAGGGGUGAGGGAGGGCGGAAUUUUGAGAAGGGGAAGUGGGGAUGGAAUGAACGCGGAAGAGGAAGACCGGAUCCCGCGAGUGUGUGCGGAAGCCGUGCACUUCUGGACCGAGAGCGCGAACUGGAAGCGUCUCCACUCCCGCUUUCUCCCCGUGUCGCCGCGGGCAAAAUGCAACGGCUCGACAAUAUCCUCGCCGUGUUACUGUGUGCUGCCUUCGCCCACCGGCAGGCCAGCGCGGAAGAAGAAAGAGGCAAACUGAUCCCAGUAAUAUUAAAUGAAGGACCUCCAUAUUCUGGCGAAAAAAUGGAGCUCUUUUGUUAUGAAUUUACCCAAAAGCCUAUAAUCACUGAUUAUUGGUCUGCCGUGCAGAUAAAAAUCAACUGUUCGAAGCUAUUGCACCUUACAUAUCCUGCAGUGGAAAACUUUUCUAAAAGAUCUGAAACUCUGGUAGACUUUAUUAUGCACUUCUACUACUAUGCUGCAUCAUCGACAGAGAGGCUGGCUUCGGAAUUCAACAUAAGUGUUGAACGCUUUGAUAGAAAGACUUGUUUCAAAAUAAACCCAAUGAAUUCUCCUUCACAGUAUGGCAUUACUGUAACAAAGCAAUCAUUUGCACCAAAGCUGUUUAUUCUGUUUGUGACUGGAAUUAUCCUGUUCGUUUUUGCAAGACCUAUUAGCAGGAGUGAACUGUUUUAUUACUGUGGUGGAGUUACUUUAGGAAUCUUUGCAGUAUUAGUCCUUAUCGUCCUGGUUUGUAGAAGGUGGAUCCAAACCAGGACAUUCGUAUUUCUAAUGAUUGGAAGUGCGUCGGUUUCAUCAUCUGUGAUUUAUUUAAGUGUCUUAAACCUAUCCCAAUAUCAGCACUACCUUUAUGGUUAUAUUCUUGUGCUUGGUUGUCUAAGCUAUAUUAUUUGCUAUAACCACGGGCCAUUGUCAGAUGAACAUAGCAUAAAUCUGCUUAUGUGGACCUUACAGUUGGCAGCAUUGCUGAUGAUAUACUUUGGUGUUACAUUCAGUCAAUGUGCUUACUCUGUCAUAGUUGUUCUGUUAUGUGCACACAACUUCCACCAUGCAGUUAAUUUGAUCUACUGUGUUUGCAGGAAAAUCAAACAGCUCAUUAAGAAGCCACAGUUUCAUUUCAUUACUGAAGAGGAGUAUAGGGAACAGACUGAAAUAGAAACCAAAAAGGCUCUGGAGGAGCUCCGCCAAUGUUGCAGGAGUAAAGACUUCCCUGCAUGGGAAAUAGUAGCAAAAAUCAAAUCCCCAAAAAGAAUGGCGGACUUUAUCCUGGGAGCUUCACACCUCACACAUGAGGAAGUGUGGAAUCAUGACCAACAUUAUGGAAUUGGGGGAGCCUUUUUGGAAGCCCAGCUCUUUGCUGCAGAGGAAGAUAAUAGUUUUGUUUCACAGAAUGGUGAAGUGAUAGCAACAAAUGAAGAUCAUGAUGAAGUCAGUGAUAUAGUGAAUUAAUUCUUGCUUCAGUAGGUUUUCUGAACCAUCAUUCAAAACAGGGAUUGACUAAUGCACCAAAUAAUGAUCAUAGAAGUAUCCGGUUUGGAUAUUUAUUACACUGGGAUGUACAAAAGAAAGGCAAACUGACCAAGGAUACAAGAUGAUCAGUGAAUUUGUAAGUUGUAAUUCAGUUUGUAUUUUUUUCAUACAAAAAAAUUGCACUAAUGCAUGUGGUUCUCGUGAGAGGGACCUUUUAGGUCUGAAGUUGCAAUUUUUUUGUCAACUUAGUGACAUGUGGAACAGAAAUUCUAGGCCUCAGGUUACAGACUUUUGUAUGCACAGAUAUCUGUUUUCUUUUUUUUUAAUUGCUGAAAAUGUAUGUAAUUCACAAGCAAAUGAAGAACUGGAUCUUUCUUCAUUCCCAUUGAAAGGUAACUGGUUUGUCACAUGUAUCUUGUUGAAUUCUGAGGUCUUGGAGACACCAGUUCAGUUCACCUAAUGUGAUCUGUGACGGCACAUUACUUAAUGUAACUAAGAAAGCUAUUCGUUGAAGGUUGGACAAUGAAAAUUUAGUAGUCAGCCAUCACAUUGCAAGCACUGCUCAGUGAUUAAAGACUUCACCAUGCACAAUCCAGAAGGACAGUUGCUGUGUUUUGCUGCAGUGAGAACCUUCUCCUUUGAGCACAUUCAAUGAGAAAACAAGGCAGGCUACUUUUGUUUUAAUUCUGCCAAUAAUUGUUGACCUGUAUUGCAUACAAUCAGCACUUCCCAUUAUCCUGCCCAAAGUUGGUGGAAUAAACUGAAUUCCUUCAUGGAUAAAGUGAUUAAAAUUUAAAGCCAUAUUCAGAAAUCAUGAAGUAUGAUUUAAAAAUAUAUCAUUGUGUUUUCCUGUUUUCUUCUCUGUACUGCUUUAAUAUUUUUAAAGUAGAGUUUAGAAAUAAGUGGGAUUGUUAUGAUAUUUAAAUAUGGGGAUUAAUCAUGUACUUGAGCAGAUGUCUGCAAUCCAAACAUUCUGUAAAGCACAUUGUAUUCCUGCUGUACUUCACAACAUGGUGUGAAAACAAGAGAAUUUCUGUAAGAGGUAGAGAGAAGGCAAUUUGCCAGCAAGGUACAUCAUCUAAAUAGAUUGCAGUUUCAAACUGGAAUUUGGCAUUAAAUUUGAAUUUUUAACAAAAUUUGUUCAUGGUGUGUAUGUUAUAAUAUGAUUCAUUUAGACGCCAUUCGUUUUUAUUUCACACCCAGUUUAGGUAAAAUGAAUGGUCUGUUUUUAUUUUGAUUGUUAUAGAAGCAGCAGAUAUAGGUUAAUUUUUAUAUCAUAGUGCUCUGAUUAAAAACUAAGCUUGAAAAAAAUGAUUGGUAGGAGUUUGUUAGAUCAAAAUAAUAUUUCACUAAGUUGAUAGAAAAUCAAGCAAGGAUUAUGUUGUUUAAAAAGUAUUUUGUUAUCUAGAACAAGAGGCCAAAAUAAAGGUUAAGCCAUUAAGGGCUGAGGUGAGAAAUUUCCUUUUGCACAUGUAGGACAAUGAAAACUUGGUAGAUAGCCACCCACACUGUCAGAGCUUUUACUGGAUUUCAGAAAAUCAAAAUGUAUACAUAAAAUGAAAUGGAAUAAUCAUCUGGAUAUUUCUUGAACAAAUAUUGUUCAAAAAUUCAAAUUGAAUGCUGAGUUCGUGUUUGAAAUUGCAAUCCAUUUAUACUAAGUACCUCACUGGCAAUUUGCCUUUUUUCUCUCUGGAGAAAUUCUCUUGCUUUCACACCAUGUCUGGAAUACAACAAAAUCACUGGAUUCAAGUAAUUUAUUUUGCAAAUCAAACUUGUACAGAAGAAAAUUUUUCUUCUUUAUUUGUCUCCCUCAAAUGCAGACACGAGAAUUAGGAGCAGAUAUGGCCCAUGUGUACCUGCAUGGCUAUUCCACCAUCCAUUAAGAUUAUUGCUCAUCUUCUACCUUGGCUCUGCUAUCCCGCACAAGCUCAUGUCCCUUAAUAUCCAAGAUCUAUCAUUCUCUGUUUUGAAAAAAAUCUGUGGCUGAUUCUCUACAGACCUCUGGGUUGGACCAACAUACUUUGCUUUUCCAAUUGCUUCCUAUAUCUGCAUGUGAGCUCUGAAUGACUUGUGUCCAUUGUGGUAACUUCUACAAAAGACCACUCGACAAUUUUAUGGCCAAAAGAGCAUCUUUAUCUGGGACGGCAAAUGACAUUUACAAUACAGAGGCUUCCAGGUACCUCGUGAGGAAUGGGUGGAGGAACUAUAUACAAUGCAUACUGGGAGUAAAAAGAGCGGAAGUAAAGACCCCGCCAACCCCGGACCCUGCCGCCUCUUGCUACCAACAGCUCCCCGAUUAGUAUUAACUUACUGUUAAUAAUAUUCACAUUACAAGACUUCUCCCCCUUUAAAAUCCAACAUUCCCCCAAUAUAGAAGAACUGGGAAAUAAAAACAGUGGUGUCAUUAGCAACAGGUUACCUAAAACACGUAGCAAAUUCAACAUUCAAUCUGACAACAAAAGGAACUAUCCAAUCAAAGAUUCAGUCUGUUAGGAAGUUUGUGAGGGCACUGCGAUCUACGCACUACCCCUGGUGACCCCGCAGGCACCGCUGGUGAGGAUGUUUUGGGUGGAUCUAGUGUUGGGGACACGAGGGGUCUGUGUGUCUGGGUGAGAAUGUCCAUCCUCUUCAGGGGACUCUGCCCCCUCUGCCAGUGUCUCUCCCUCUAGCAAAGUCACUGGUGGACAUGCUUUCCUGGUAUGCAUUAAGUGGUCAUUGCUCCUUAACUGUUUUGGACUACUGAGCUUCUUUGAAAUCGGUGGCAGGCUAUUCUCAGCAUUAUUGGGAUAAACGGCAUCUGCAGGUUUGCCACCUGGCUUGGAACGCACUGAAGAAAGAACUUUGGUUUUUGAAUCAUCAUCACGACCGUGGCUCAGAAAAGACCCAACUGCAAAUCUUUCACAGAGUUCCUUGUUAUAACAAGAGAUAUAACUGGAGUUCAACAGCAGGAAAUUGCAAUGCGUUUCGGAAAACCUCUUGUGCUUGAACAGAGGUCUUGUCUGUUAAAUUACAGUCAUUGAUUGUGAUGAUACAUUCAUUCUCCUGGAGCAGGUUCUCUUUUCUUAAAUGGCUAUUCUUUUCAAUACCACGAAUACUCAGGCCAAGGAAUCUUCCACUCAGCGUAGAGUUAAAAGGCACCACAUGGAUUUCCAGGGGGCCACCGUCUCCAGAAAAUUCUACCUUCAUUGUCAGUUCACUUAAGAGUGCUUUCUGAAUGCUUGUCUGGUGGUCCUGGAGGCUCUGUCCUUACAUCGUCUGUGGGCGCCCCAUUUGCUACUGUUAUGAUUGGCUUUACAUGCAGGUUCCUGUUAGUGGGAUCAUCAGGCUGAGAUGCACCUUGCUGUAACUGGGCAGGUGGUACAAGAGCUGGGUCACUGCUUCGCCGUACUAGAAGUGGCGUGCUGGCUUUCAGUGCCGAGGGGGUAACUUCAAUUGCUCCUGUAAUAGGCUGAAGAGCCACAACCUGCGCUGCGAGCUCACUCUCAAAUGUGUCCGGACUAUGUCUGUCACUCACAUUGUCAUCAGCGACUUCAUCUGCACACUGCACCUCAUGCUCUUCCGUCAUGUGUGCAUAUUUAAAUUCAUGCCAGUUGAGCCGGAUUUUGUGAAGCCAAUUGCCCUCAGCUAUCAGCCUGGCUUCAGCCUUCUGACCCCCGGCUGAAAUAUCCACAUAUAACAUCCCUAAGUGAGGUAUGGGCUGCCCCAUAUAGGUCCUGAGUUUGAGCUUAGAUGGUCUGAUGGGAGGCAGGUUGGACCCCCAUGUCCUCAUGUAGAUCUCUUCACUAAUGACUGAUGCAAUAGCCCCUGAAUCAAUCUCAAACUUAAUGUCCCUUCCCCUCACAGUAACUGUGUCAUAAUAUGGUUCAGGUGGUCCCUCAUCCGUUUCCACGCCAAACAUGUUGUAGGCACACGCUGCCUCCUCGUCUGCUUCUCCUCAGUGGUGUGUGGCUGCCUGAGUCUGUUGAGCUUUCCCCUGCCCAGGCUUAACCUCACCCUUUAUGCUCCUGCACUUUUUAACCAAAUGUCCCUUCUUGCUACAAGCAUGGCAGACAGUAUUUUUGAAUUUACAAACAUUUGCAUAGUGCGUUCCUCCACACCGAAAACAUCCCACCCACUUUGCCUGUUUACCAGUCUCCCUCCUGACUUGGAGAACAGCUGCUGACUCUGACUCCCCAUGGCCUUUCUGGAUAUCCUUAGCAUUAUUAGCAGCCAUCUCCAGCUUUCUUGAAAGUCAACGGUGGGGUUUCCCUCAACAAACAGCAUCGUGUGGUGUCAUUAUUAAUACCGCAUACUAAUCUAUCAUGGAGCAUGUCAUCCAACACAGCUCUGAAAUCGCAAUGCUCUGACAGCUGCCGAAGCUCGGCCACAAAAUCGCCCACAGACUGACCUGGCUUCCGGACAUGGCUGUGAAACUUGAACCGGUGAACUAUCACCGAAGGCUUCAGAUUGUGGUGGUUCCCCACGAGCUUGACCAGUUCGUCAUAUGGAAUUUCUCCCAGUUUCCGCGGCACGGUAAAUUGCUUAUCAACUUCUAAGUCUUUGCCCCACAAACACUCAGGAGAAUGGAGCGUUUCUUAGCCUCCUCAGUAAUGCCAUUAGCACAGAAAAACUGUCCUAACCUUUCCUCAUACUCCGGCCUCUCUUCGGUUUGCUCCGCAAACUGACCGAUAGACCCGAACGUAGCCAUCUGAAUGCAAGGCUCCUUGUCCGCUCACAGCUCCCGAUAAAAACGGGGCCGACCUGUCCACAAAACCAGUUCACCUCGUCGCCAAAAAUAUGUGGUAACUUCUACUUUACAAAAGACCACUCGACAAUCUUAUGGCCAAAAGAACGUCUUUACCUGGGACAGCAAAUGAUAUUUACAAUACCGAGGCUUCCAGGUACCUCGUGCAGCAUGGGUAGUGGAACUAUAUACCAUGCAUACUGGGAGUAAAAAGAGCGGAAGUAAAGACCCCGCCAACCCCAGAUCCCGCCUCUUGCUACCAACAGCUUCCCAAUUAGUAUUAACUUACUUUUAAUAAUACUCACAUUACAACAUCCAUGGACACCCUGACAGAUCCUCAUGUACAUUUAUCUAUAUUAUUUAAGAGUUGCGUUUUUUUAAAUAAUUUUUUCUACAUUUUAUUCCAUUAGCUAUGUUUAUAUCCUGUCACUUCAUUUCUCUAUAUCCCUUUGAAGCUUCUUUACAUCCUGCUUCAAACUCCUAAUCACACCACACCUAGAUUUGAAUAAUCAAAGUUUGGUCCCCUCAGUCAAAUCGUUAAUUUGGAUUGUGAACAGCUAGGGCUGAAACACUGCUCCAGUAAUCACAGUGUGCCAGUCUGAGUAAAGCAGAUUGCCACUCUUUGCUUUUUGUCUAACCAAUUCUCAGUCGAUGCUGGUAUCUUGCCCCCAGUUCCAUGUGCUGUAAUGUUGCUGACCAGUCUCCGUGAUACUUUAUUGAAAUUUACUGAAAAUCUAAAUACCCAUCAAACAUUCUGACUUUAGAUUUCAAGCCACUGUCUUCCUCCUUCCCCUAGCUUUAUACAAGCGAAAUUCAAAUAGAUAUCUCACUUCCAAAUCUCAGACUCAUUUACUGGGCACCAUGGUACCGUAGGGUUCAUGCAAUGCUCAAGGUGUCAGAACUCAGAGUUCAAUCCCAGUGUUCUCUGUACAUGUGGGUUUUCUCUGGGGACUCUUUCCUCCUACAAUCCAAAGACCUACCGGGUAGAUUAAUUGGUCGUUGUAAAUUGCCCUGUGAUUAGGUUAGGGUUAUGUCGGGGUUUUUGGAGGUUGUUGGACAGUAUGGCUGGAAGGACCAGAAGGACCACUCCACGUUGUAUCGCUAAAUAAAUUAAUAAAACCCCCAGAUGACUAGUUUUUUAGCAAGUCGCUUUCAUAUCAAGUUUAAAGUUGUGAAAUAUUUGAAUUAAGCACUCAAAAUAGUUUUUGAAAAUUUAUUUUACAUUAUGCCACAUUCUUAACUGGAAUUUCAGAGAAGAGAUGUAAUUAUUAGAGUUAAUUUAAGGCUGUUGGAGAAUGAAGUUUAUAUAAAUAAACAUGAAUGAGAAAUAGCGUUGUUAACACCAGCUCUUUCCAAAUAUUAAAUUAUUAUUCAUGAGCCAAAACAUGAUCCAUUGUGCUUUGAAAAUCUAUCUCUGUUGCUGUUCUUCAGAAUAAUGAGAUGAAAUGGUAGUCUAAUUACACAAGUUGUUUGUAAUUAAAUGUGGAUUAUUAUCCUACGUCUAGAGAUUGCAAUCACACUUGUAAGAGUCUGAGGUAACAGCUCCCUCCUGUGGGUGGACUAAAAAUU